AUGAAUAAUCCGAGUGGACAACAAGAUGUCAAGAUGUAUUUCAAAGGUAGUGUUCAAAAUGUUGAAGCAAGUCCAAAGGUACAAACAGCUUUCAGUGCAGAAAGCUCAUCGGGAUCAAUUAACCAAAGCCCGAAUAGUAGCAGUGGAUUUUCUCCAUACUCGAAUGUUAAUCCAAAUGUUUCAACCUCAAGUUAUCAGUCUCAGUGCUCAAACAAUGGAAAUGGUUAUGUGAUACAGUGCAACCUAGCGUUGCAACUUCAGAAUCGUCAAAGUUUCUCUGAAGAGGUUGCUAAAAGUCAUAUGGCUUUACUUGCUACGGUGUUAGAAUCGUAUGAAGGUUUGAUAGUUCAAGAACCGGAUUUGAUGAAAGAAUGGAUGGGCAUGUUUGCUAAUGUUGAGAUAAGACAAGAUGAAGAGUCUGUGUAUUCAGAAGAAAGUUCAGAAAAGACACAAGUUUUUGAUGAUUCAUCAACUGAUAACAGUGAUGAUGAAGAAGAAAUGCAUAUAAACAUUGGAAAAUCUCAAUUAUCUCCUGAAACAAAAGAUCAGAAAAAGGCAAGAUGCGAAAAGGAUGCUCAGAUAGAGAAGGUUGAACAAAAUGAAGGAGUUACAGUUGAUGAAAAACUAGUUGAAGUGGAGAAGGAGGUUGAAAUUGAGAAAGUAGUUGAAGUUGAAAAGAUUUUUGAAGUUGAAAAAGUCGUUGAGGUUACAAAACCGUGUUUAAAAUGUUUGGAAUCUUGCAAACAAUGUGAAGAAAAGGAUGAGAAGUAUAGUGAGCUUGACAAGAUGAAGGAGAAAUUAUUGUUUGAUUUAAACUAUGUGAAAGAGUCAUAUGAUGGGUUGAACAGAACGGUGAAUAGUCAGCAAAAGACAAAUUCAGAAAGAGAAGAUGCAUUGGUAAUGAUGAAUGCGGUGAUGAUGUCUACGCAGAAGGCUAUCAAUCACUACAUUGAAGAGUGUUUUGAAGCAUUUAAGGAUGAAAAGAAGACCGAAGAAAAGGAUACUGUUUCUAUGAGUGUGGAAAGGGAAGGUUCAUCUGCUCCAAAACGCCAAAAACCCAAUGAGCAACGAAAGAAGCCAACAAGAGAACAUGGCGAGGGGAGGUUGAGAGUGAGAAUAAAUGUGCACACAGUUAAGGCCCAGGACGCCAAUAAGAGGAAGUCCUUAAGUCAGGAUGUUAAGGUUGAGGAAGAACCAUAUUAUGAGUUCAAUGGGGCUAGGGUUUUGUCAAGAGUAAAACCUAAAAACUUGACUGGUAGGUUUAUAAAUCUAAACCAAAAUCAAAGACAGCCAGUAGAGAAAAUGGGGUUUGGUGCUGCGCUAAAGUUGAAAAUCAACAGCGUACCGACAAUGCUUGGGUACUGGUUGGUUAAAAUUUACAAUGAAAAGACAAACAACCUAAAUGUUGGCAACCAUACCAUACAUAUCAAUGAAGAAUUAAUAAACUCUUUAACGAAUAUACCGGAUGGAAUGGUGCCCGUGCAGGGGAAAAAAAGUCAACAACUAAAGACCAUGUAG